CCGGCGGCCGCCGUGGCGGGCGGGGCCGGCCCUCCGUGCCGGAAGCAGACGUGUGUUUCGAGAGGAACGGGAAGCGAUGGCGGCGGCCGAGGCCGAGUGGGAGCCGGCGGGGCUGCUGCCCGCCCCGGGGGGCGGCCUGGACUGGGAGGCUGUGCUGGGCGAGGAGCUGAGCGAGCUGCUGGGCGCCGCGGCCCCGAAGGACGAGCCCGACGAAAAUGAUCUCUAUAACUUUCAUUUUGAUUUGGAUUUGAUGUCUUGGGACUCAGACCUUUGGAAUAUUACAGGCCAUGCUUAUGCAGAUGCAAACGUGAAGACAGAACCUUUAUCACCAGCCACUUCCAGCUGUUCGGUCCCUUCACCACCAUCUGUGGACUCUCCAGUGCAGAAUGUGCCUGAUGAUGUGGACUUCAGCUGUAGCUCCCAGAUGUCUCCAGUCUCUCUCUACAGCAAGAGCUGCAGAAGCCCUGCAUCCCCUGAAGGAGAUGGAGGGAAGAAGCCUGCUGUGAGCAUUUCUUCUCGAUCUGCAAAUAAUUCUUCAAGGAGCCUGAAGAAGUGUGGUCAGACAGUGUCCAGGCCUUUGAUACAGCCCAAACCCCUUUUGCCUGCUGUGCCUGAAGCUCAGGCUAACAUUGGCAUCCCAGCUAAAACCAUCAUUAUUCAAACUCUUCCCACGCUUGUGCCACUGCCAAAGAAUCAGCCAGUUGUGAACAUCCAGCCAGCACCUCCUAAAGGUCCAUCUGUGAUGCUGCCCCAGCCGGCUGUGGUACAGCUCCAGGCUUCUGGGGUGCUUCCUGCCUCUCAGCCAGUCAUUGCAGUCACUGGAGGGGCCCCAGCACUUCAGAACCACACAGUGAAAGCGCUGGCUUCUGCUUCUGGGAAUGGUUCCAGCAGCGGCAAAAUCCCGGUGACAAAGCCCUUGCUCCAGAGCAGUUCCCCAGCCUUGGGGCUGGAUGUCAACGUCUUGAGGCGGCAACAGCGCAUGAUUAAAAACCGUGAGUCAGCCUUUCAGUCACGCAAGAAAAAGAAGGAGUACAUGUUGGGGCUGGAGGCCAGGCUGGAGGCAGCCCUGCUGGAGAAUGAGAAACUCAAGAAAGAAAACAGCACGCUGAAGAGGCAGCUGGAUGAAGUGGUAUUAGAGAACCAGAAGCUCAAAGUAUCAUCUCCGAAGAGAAGGACGCUGUGUGUGAUGGUGAUACUGGCCUUUAUAAUGUUGAAUUAUGGUCCAUUGAGUGUAUUCGAAAAGGAUCCCAGUGGAGUAGAUUCCACUGUGAGUUCUAACCACCGGACCAGAAAUCUUCUGGAGUUCUCAGCUCGCCAAGAGUCCAGCACAGCUCAGAAGAUACCUGAGGGCAUCAUUUCUGAGAAGAGUAACAGAAAGAAGUUGAGGUUCAGGAGCUACAAGUCUGUCAAAAUCAAGAGGACUAAAGCUGUUAUGUUGAUAGCCUGUCAAGAGAGAAACCUACAGUAUGACCGUUCUGUAUCUGAUAACAAAGCACUAAUGAUAGUCUCAGAAGAACCACUGUUAUAUAUUUCACCACCACCACCACCCUGCCGGCCUCUGAUCAACAGGACGGAGUCACUGAGGCUGACUCACGAGCUGCGAGGAUGGGUGCACAGGCACGAGGUAGAGCGCACGCGGUCCCGGCGGCUGAGCAACAGCCAACAGCAGCGAGCGCGAGCGCCGCAGAGCUCCCUCAGUGACAAAGCAGAUUCCCAGCUAAUGGCCAUGCCUUACACAGACACCAGUCUCAGCAGGAACUCAGGGAAUGAGCUGCAAGUGUAUUAUGCCUCUCCAAGGAGCUAUCAAGACUUCUUUGAAGCAAUUCACCGAAGGGAAGAUACGUUCUAUGUGGUGUCAUUCCGCAGAGACCACCUGCUACUGCCAGCCACCACACAUAACAAGACCAGGAGACCAAAGAUGUCUAUAGUGCUGCCAGCUGUAAACAUCAAUGAGAAUGUGAUCAAUGGGCAGGACUACGAGGUGAUGAUGCAGAUUGACUGCGAAGUGAUGGACACCAGGAUCCUCCACAUCAAAAGUUCAUCUGUCCCUCCAUACCUCCGAGAGCAGCGCAGAAAUCACACCGACACCUUCUACAGCUCAUCCCCCUCCGUCCCAGAGACGCCCCAUGCCCUGAGGGCCAUUGUCAAAUCCCUGCAGUAGCUCCUGUGGCAGCACACAGGGGAGCACCGGCACGCAGCAGGUCCUGCUGCCAGCCCGAGCCCCUUCCCUGGCAGGUCCUGGGCCUCCUGGCACAUGGGCACAGCAGGGACAGCCCCCUUUAGCCCAUUCCUGUGCCUGACAUUGCCCAAUGGCCGCAUCCUGCCUGGGGAUAAUUCAGCUCAGCUGGCUCCUCGCCGGGGACAGGCCUGGGGGUCCCACACAACGUGGGGGACACGGGCCGUCCCCGCUACUUACACGCUGUCCAGAAUUAUGGGUUGUUUUUCAUUUUAGUCCCUGUUGGGCUGCCAGAGGUGGGCUGGUGAGCCAGAGACAAUACUGCAGACACCCACACUUGGGAUGGGGCCGCUCUCCCUGCAGUGUGCCUGGGCAGCAGGAGGAUGUCCAGCUUCAGGUGCUGGGCCUGACCAGACAGCCCCACUCCUCAUCAUUCCCUCCCAAAUCCUGCCUGUGCAGCCUCCCUCAGCAGGAAACCCUGGGGUGCAGCAGUGUGGUGGAGCAGCCCAGCCCAGCCCCCCCCAGAGGGUGCUGGGGCCCCGCACUCACCACUAAAGCACUACAAGCAGAACAACCCCACUGCCCUGGGGCUGGGCUGCCCGAUAAGGCACUGCCCACCCCGCACCUGCCUGGCUCUCCAGGAUCCUGCUGCUGCCUUCCCCAGCCCACGUGGCUGCACGGCUGAAGGCUUGGCCCAAAGGAAGUUAUUUCAUGCAGCAGAUGCAUUUGUAAAGUUUGGUUUUUUUGAGUUUGUUUGUUUUUUUUUUUUCCCUUCCUGGUUUUUAUUUGCGUGGGUUUUUUGUGUGUGCUAUUUAAUACUUUUCACUGCUAACAAAUGCCCAUGGAGCAGCACUGGCCUUGCUGGGGCAGAGGGGCUGCUUCAGUUCUGUGGGACAGAGCCACAGCACCUUCUCCUGAAGCCACACACCCAUCACACACACUCAGCACCACGUACCCCUCUCUGUCUCGCCAGCACAGCCAGCCACUCGCCGGGCAGCGGGGAACGUUCCAUUUGCCCCAAACACUGGCCGCAGCCAAGUGCUGCCGUUGCAGAGUGGAGCUCUGUUCACCCAUCCUGUGUCUGUCAGCCAGGCCCCAGGCCGGAGCUGGGCCCAGGAGCUCCAGAACACUGGUGCUCAGCUGGGAUGAGCCACCAGCAGAGCAUCAGCCUUGCAUAAUGACUUCAGCAUGUUGUAACGUUACUUUUUCUCCCCUGUGCAGUUCACAAAGAGGAUGAUGAGCUUCAGUUUGCCAGCCAGCUGUCUUUCCUUCGUGGUUUGAGCGCUAACUGGCUCACGUGGUGGUUUUAAUUAUUAAUUAUUAUUAUUGUUUUUCGUGUAUGUGUGUGGCUGUUAGGAAAUACAGGUUGAUAUGGCAGCAAGACAAACAGCUCCAGAGGCAGUGAGGAGGAGGAUGAGGAGCAAUACACCCCUCUGAAGUAUGUGCCUUGCAACACCUUGGAGAAGCUGUGCCCUUUGCCACCUCCCCGGCACAGGCAGCGCGGGCCCCGUCCUCACGGCACUCGCGCUGCUGGGAGGGAGCUGGGCUUGGCCGGGGUUUGGCUGUGCUGCUCGCACCAGUUCAUUUUCCUGGCCUGGCCCCACCUGACUCUGGGCCAGCUCACAACAGUCAGAAAUAAAAACCCCAGCGGUGCCCCAGCCAGAGGCACACGGCUCCCCUGCUGCUGUGGGUAGGGGCUGCUGGCUGCUCUGGGGGCAUUUGCUGCCAGGGGACUGGGGUGGUGGCUGGGCUUGGUACAGCCUGGCACAUUGGGAAGAGCUGCUGGUGAGGGCCGGGGGCUUGGGACUGCUGUGGCACCACAUCCUCAGCCAGCACCCCUGGGCUCCGGUGGUGGAGAGCAUCUCUUAUCCUGUGUAAUUCUGUUCUCUGUGUCCCCAGUACAGAAGGCAGUAAAAUCCUUCUUUUAUUUAUUACUAAUAACCUCA